UGAGAAAAGGGAGUGAGUGAAGGAGAGGUGCAGGCGAGUCCAUGUACGUAUAAAAGCCAGGCUGUGAGGACUUUCACACCCUGGCAGUCAGAAGGAAAGACAGAGGGAACGUUUAAUUAAAGCGGUCUGGAAAAACACCUCAGCGCAGCUUAACGGCAGAAUGAAGGUCGCCCUCCUGUUUGUCGCACUGAGUGCGAUUCUCGCUCUGAGCGCCUGCUCCGAAUCGCAGGAGAGUAAUGAAUCACCCGAAGAUCUGUUUUCCAACCAAGAACAGGCCAACUCGUUCUUUGACAACCAAGAAACACGCAACAACAACGGAAGGGUCCAGAAGUCUCCAGCAGAGAGACAGGCAGAGAUCUGCGAGAAUUAUGCUCCUUGUCGUGCCGAUGCCUAUCACUACGGCACCCAAUAUGCUUUCAACAGAUAUUUCCCCAAUCAAAAUACCAACAAUGGUAGAAAGUAAAAAAAAAAAAACAACAUAAAAAUGAAAAAGCACAUAAAACACAUUUUCUUUCUCCUUUUUGUGUGCUGUAUACAUAAUAUAUGUUAUUAUCUUUCUUGCUCAUAUUAUUAGAACUUGAUGAUGCAUCUCAACAUUAAUGAUCUAAACAAACAUGUCAUUUGCAAGAAAUACUUGCUUUUUUAAAAUGUCUGAAAUCCAAUGCAAGGCUUUGGGUGAGGAACAAGUCUACAAAUUCUAACAUAACAGUUAUUCUUCCACUCUUUUUUGUUUAUUUGUGUCAAAUUCACCAAGUGCACCAUGUUUUUAAGUCAAAGUGUGUCACAACUGUACUCUUCACCAUAUUAAUACUGGAGAAUGCCCACACAGGGGCCUUGUUAUGGAGACUUUUCCGGAUAAGAAGCAGUGGCUUCUGGGAGAUAUAUGCAGUGUUUUAGAUGGGAUUUUGCUGUAGUGUUAUUUUGUUGACGCGUGAAACAUCGGCGCAGGUAUCCUGAGCAGGUCCAUGUGCGAGAUUCUCUGAAAUAUCAGGCACAAUAAAUCAGACUGUGCAUAUCA